GAUUCGUACUUCGUUCCGUAUUGGAAUUACAUUGGAUAAAUUGUACCAUGGUUGGUGAAGUAUUGUUUUCGGCGUUAUGUUUUAACAAUUUUACUUGUUAUUUGUUAUAAAAACUACAAUAUAAAAGUAAUUUUGUGAUUUGAUUUUGAUGGAGUAGUUGAAGAUAUAAUAGUUAGUUGCCGUAAAACUUUUAGAAAAUGGCUUCCAAGAAAAAGGAGGACAUCCCAGUAACAAAAAAUGAAAAAAUUGACCGUUUCGUGGCACUCCUACCUAAGACUUCAAUAAACAAAAAGGCAAAUGAACUGGGCCCGGAACUUAUAAAAUUUUUGGUAGAAAACCCUGAUGCCAUAAACGACUAUCCUGAUGCUUCCGUGUUCACAGAAAGUUUGGGAGCAUGUAUGGUCUCCAACCAAAAUCCUAAGGUAACACAAUAUGGACUUGAAGCACUCAUAUUAGUUGCAGAAGCAAUGCAAUCUAAAUACAAAAAUUAUUAUGGUGCUGUUCUCCACCAUGUGCUAACUAAAUUAGGAGAUAGUAAGGAUUACCUCAGAGAAAAGGCGAGAGCCUAUCUGUUAAAAACAGUAGAGGUUGGAGCUCACAACCCCAAUAAUUUGAUUGAAAAAUUAGUUCCCUUGCUUCAUAACAAAAACCGUGAUACGUCCACUGAGUCACAGAAGGCCAUUUUAGAAAUUCUCAUGAUAUGUAAAAACAAGAAACUGUCGGCUAAUCUCUUAACUGAUCUGGCCAAGACUGAAGUGAAGUGUCUUGAAGGCAACUUAAGGGACGAGGCAACGGAAAUACUUAUGGAUAUUGGUGAACGAAUCGGCAGACUUAGAGUGGCUGAUAUUUUGGAAGAGUCUGUUAGAAUGUCAAUGUUCUCUGCACAUCAUGUGAAAAAAAUCCAGUCUAUCAUAGACGAUCUAAGAGCACUUCAGCUGGAACAACAACAGCAAGCAUUGAAGGAUCAAGGGAAUGGAGUUACUCCUCAACAAACCCCGGCUGAAGAAGAGGAUGAGCCAGAUUUUGCCGUCCCUAAACCAAAAAAAGUGAUAUCAGUACAGGCUAAACCAAAGCCACAACAAAAGCCAGCAACAGCACCAGGUAUGGUGACGAAAAGUGCUCUGGCAAGUGCCGUUUCUACUGCCUUAGCCAGAAGUGGCUCUAUUAGGGCUACAAAAAUUGGAGAAGGAGACAAAUAUGCAUUGCACUCUGGACCAUCUGGGGAAGCUGAUGAAAAUUGGUUUUUGAGUGCAUUUGAAGAUGUGCCAGAUGUACCAGUUUUAAAUCAUAGAGAGUUCGAUAACUUAACAAAAAAACUCAUGGAAGAUUUAAAAUCAGGCACAGAGUUCUGGGAAAAGAAAGUGGAGGCAUUAAGGAAACUCCGCUCAAUGAUGAUCCACCUUACCGGAUAUGAUGAAGAGAUACAAGCCUUCAUUAAAGCUAUAGCGUUAUUGAUGAUGAGCAGCCUCAAAGAUUUGAGGUCACAAGUUGUUCGAGAGACAUGCCUGACGUUUGCGUUCAUAUGCCGAGAAUUGAGAAACAAGAUUGACCAGCAUACUUGCGAAAUUAUGAUGCAUCAGUUAAUGAACAAUGUCAUGAGCUCCGCAAGGGUGAUAGCAAAUGCUUCAUACAUUGCAUUGAAGUUCAUGUUUACAUACGUGACUCAUGGUCGGCUGGUCAGUGCACUAGUGCACACUCUUGUGAACUCCAAGUCCCGGGAGGUUAGAACAGCAGCCUGUGAAUUUUUAUAUUUGGUUCUACAUACCUGGCCUGUACACCGGCUGGAACAGCAGAUUCCCACACUCCAGGAGGGAAUAAAGAGGGGCAUUGUUGAAUCGUCCAACGAGGGUCGCAUGGCAUCACGCAAAGCAUUCUGGGCCUUUCGAACUCAGUUUCCUGAACAGGGAGAUGCACUCUUAAAUAGCAUGGAUGCUAUCUGCCGAAAAUCUGUAAUGGCAGGAGGGGAGCAGCAAUUGGAUAACCCUCCCGUGCCAAAACCGAAACCUUUGUCACAAGCGAGUCACGCACGUCAAGCUAGAAAUGCUGGCGGGAGUGUGGAGGAUUUAUCUGAAGCAGAGAAUGGCGGUGGAUCCCGUACCCCUUCCACCCCCCGCCGCUCCUCCAGCUCUGCUAUCCCUGUACUCAAGCGGUCAUUCGUUACAGAUGCAGCAAGCGCACGCAGGCAGGUGUACAGCCCUACACCACAGUCUAUACGGUCUAACAGUGCCAUCGAUCUACAGGCCGUGCAACGAGCUAACGCACGUCAGCAGUAUGCUGCUCUGGCGAGACAGAAGAUCGGCUGUGGCGCUUCAUUGCCACGAGCAAAAAAAUCUGAUACACCGACAUCAGGACUACUAUCUGCUGAACGAUCCGGUAGGACCCGAGAAAAAGUGGCCGGUGUUUCUCACAGCCAGCCAAGCAGCCGAUCAGGAUCACCCUCUUCCCGACUUGGCUACCAUGGGUACAAUUUAACAGAUGCAGCAGGGUUACCUUACCAGAGCCGAAGGACUCCAAGAAGUCGUGACGCAAGUCGAGAAACAAGUCCUAAUCGCUUUGUCCCGAAAUCUACGGUUGCAAGUCUUUUUGCUCCUAGGAGAACCCGCCCUCCAAUCCAGCCAUCCAGACCCGUCAUGGCACAAAAAAUGCUGGCAAAAAGCCUAGAAGCUGAGAACGUACCGUUAACUCCGUAUGAAGCAGAUACUCCUGACAACAGCAUUGGACACAAGGUGUCUCCACGUAAAACAAGCUAUCGUUCUUUUGAGGACCAUAGCGACGAUAGUGAUGCCUCCAGUCUUUGCUCUGAGCGAUCGUUUGACUCUUAUCGGCGCACUUCUGAUUCGUACUCGUGGAGUGGCUCGCAACAACGACUCUACCGUGAUGUCUGGGACUCUGGUGCUAAGGAUAUCAACGAAAUAAUUUUGAACUGUGAAAGCAUACAUUGGUGCGACAGGAAAGAAGGACUAGUCGGUCUGCAGGUUUAUUUGCAGGCUGGUAACACCCUCAAUCCAGCAGAGCUGAAAAGAGUUACUGAUAUAUUCACCAGAAUGUUCAUGGAUAGCCACACAAAACAGGUACAACGAGGUAGAAGAAGGCCAAAGAGGCUUGGCUUGGUUGGUCGUGUAGAAGAUGAAGAUUUAACGGUCUUCAGUUUAUUUUUAGAUGCGUUAAAUGAGUUAAUGGCCGUCCAUCGGGCCGAUCUUAACUCUUGGCUCUAUGUUCUUCUUACUAGACUACUUAAUAAGCUGGGAGCUGAUCUGCUUGGUUCCAUUCAAAGCAAAAUUCAAAGGACUCUUGAUAUAGUCAGGGAGUCAUUUCCCCAUGAGUUGCAAAUGGCCUCGCUUCUGAGAUUUUUAACAGAUCCUACCCAAACUCCCAAUUUGAGAGUAAAGACAGCUGCUUUGAACUACAUUACCAAACUGGCAGCUGUAGCAGACCCUUCAUCGGCCUUGUCUCCCCCUUCUGCAAAACAGACUGCUCGUGGUGAUCCCUUGCAGGCUGCUAUGCAUAAAAUGAUAGGCUGGACGAUGGGCGAUAGUAUCAAGCAGGGCACGGAACUGAGGCGUGCGGCACAGGAAGCCAUUAUGGCUCUGUUCAACCUCAAUACACCACAGGUUACGUUGAGGCUGGCAAAUCUCCCUCAGGAGUAUCAGGAGGCCGCUGCCACUUUGCUGAAGGGCAGAGUGCGUCGUGGUAGCUCCAGUUCAGGAGGUGGGACUAAUGCCAACUCACCUCCAUCACCGACUAAAGACUACUCUCCUCGCUUGUCAUCUCCAGGACUAACACACCACCCCAGACCAUUAUUUGACUCCGAUGACCUGAAACCAGAAGAUAUUUAUAAGUCAUUAAGGAAAACAACAGCAGAAAUCCAGAAUUACACAUAUGAUACAGCAACUGAUAAAAUCCCGGAUAAAGAUAACACAACUUCAAAAGACUCUGGAAUAAGCCAACUAUCAGGAACAGAGGCUUUAGAAGAGGCAAUGGAAGAGUUGUCCUUGCAGUCAAGUUCCUCAAGUAAUGCAACAACAACUACACUGACAAACCGGGUGUUAACUGUAAAAGAUUGUAAUAAUAUGGACAUGGCUGAUAACACCCAGACUGAAGAUAGCCCAGCAAAUGAACAAGAAGCCAUGCGUAAGAUCGUAGAGGCCCUAAAGUCCCCACCGGACAGUGAUAAUGGAGAAAAUGUUUCCAUAAUGACUGAUCUCGAAAAGCGUGCCUCAUUGGGACAAUUAACACGGUUAAUCCGUGACGGUUCAGUUACCACACUACAAGAAAACUUCAAGGCACUAUUGAGGAUUUUGCUAGGAAACCUGGCACUCGAUGCUAAUACCCGAGAUGUCAUGUCCCGAAUCUUAGUGCUGACAGCCCUUACUGAACUGAUUAAAAAGAGGGCUAUCAUCGACUGUUUUAAUAACUACGUAGAGCUUCUCAUCCUUAAAGUAUUAAACUCGUACAAGGAUACCAGUAAGGAGGUUGUAAGAAAUGCGGAAUCUUGUGCAAACACGAUAGCCACAACUCUAGCUCCAGAAAUGGUGAUCAGGGUGCUUGCUCCACUAAUACAAACGGGUGAAUUUCCAUUGAAUCUUGCUGCUCUCAAGAUGCUAACAAGACUGGUUGAAUAUCAUGGCAGGGACCCUGUGUACAAUUAUCUACCUGAUCUCAUGCCUGGACUGAUCCAAGCGUACGACAAUCAGGAAAGUUCAGUGCGUAAGUCUGCUGUCUUCUGUAUGGUCUCCCUUCAUGCGGCUAUAGGAGAAGAAGAUCUUAACCCUCACCUGACUGCUCUAAAUGGUAGCAAGCUAAAGCUGCUACACUUGUACAUUAGAAGGGCUCAACAAGGAUCAUCAGCACCAACGUCACCAAGGAAUCACCCUCCAUCAGCUACAAGCUAAUGCCACUAUGAGCCGAACACAGUCUUCAUAUAGUUUUAAGCCUUUAUAUUCUAUAAAAUAAUGUUAAAUUUGAAUUAACGCUAAAACCCCUGGGGUUUUUAUUAAAAAUAAUUGAGUAUUCACUCACAUCUAACUUAAAAUAUGUAAAAUCAAAAAUGUAGAUACAAACAGGUGCUAGAAUGAGCGGUGAGAGAGCGUGCCAUUGUUUUUUAUAUAAAUAAGCUAUUAGGACACAUGUUAAAGCUUGUACAAAUAAGCCAAAAUAAUAUAGACUGUACAUAUAAAUAUUUGAGAAGUUGUAUCAAAAAUUAUUUAACUUAAAAUUUAUAAGUAUUUAAUAAACAAUCCGCCAUUAGUUAUCUUGUUCGCUUCUAAGGAGCAAUUAUUGUAAAUUAUUUGUUGUGUUUUAUGUUCAUUCGUAGAGUGGCAGUUUAAUGGCUUUUUUCAAAAUGUGUAAAACAUCAUCAACAUGUUUCAAGUUAAUUAACAUUAUCAUCCGUUUUGGCUUACUUUUACUUUUUAUUUUGUUUGGAAAACCUUCUGUUUUUAGGUUAGUUUUAAUGUAGAGUAAUUUUAAAAUCUUUUAUCCAUUGUAAUUUUAUCUACUGUAAAAGCUUGUAAGCUUUGUUUCCAUUUGUUGAUGUGGUUUUCCUGCACCUGUAAGACUUAAGAGUAAAUGCUAGCUUUACAUAUUUUGACUGGCUUACAUUGCCACUCUAUACAUUUUAGUCUAUACUUCAAUUUCAUCGUAAAAUCAUUGUAACAAUAUCCUAACAUUUACAUUUUGUAUUUUUUAUAAUAAUAAAACAAUCUUGAUAUAAAUAUAUAACUAUUCUGUUAAGUUGAAACCAAAGAAA